CCCAUCCAAAUUCCAAACGCCGACAUAACUGCCGCGCCAUGUGUCCUCCCACCCCCCAAUGAAAUUACUAUUGUGCCACUCCCCCCCUUAUUUUAAGCACCCUCAGGGAACCUCUCUAGGUUUGACGCUCUCAAUGAUCGAAGCGGCGGAGGUUUAGAGAACAGAGAAAACCAAAUACGCCCACAAGUCUCACUCUCACUCUCAGUCUCUCUCCCACACACAGAGACAGAGGUAGGGUAGGGUUUCUCUCUCCCACUCUGUACUGGUGCGGGCGACCAUGGCGUCUUCUUCGAGGACCAAAUCCAGAGGCUACGGCGUCCCCGGUUUUCACGAAAACUCGCUGUCGAUGGCCUCCGCGGCUUCCUCGUUCGCCUCAUCGACUUCGAGCUUCUCCAGCCGAUCGUCCACCUUCUUUGCACGCGCCACCUCUCCCUUGCGCGUCAGGGUGUACGGCCACUCCAAUCAGUCCUCCCCGUCCGUUCGGUUCUCAGUCGAUCGCCCCACCUCUCCCGGGCGCUCGAUCUCCGUGAUAAAGCAAUGCGGCAGCGGCGGUGGCGGCAGGCCCGUGUCGAGCCAGAAGAAGACGUGUAUGUGCUCGCCGACGACGCACCCGGGCUCGUUCAGGUGCUCGCUCCACAAGGGCGCUGGCCGGGCCGGCAACAGCCACUCGACAGCGUACAGUUCAAGCCGGAGCCUGAAUUUUCGGAGAUCGGCAAUGACGAAUUCUCUGGUGAGGAUCUGCGGAGUGGAAGGCGAUCUGGUGAAACGGGCACUGUCGGCGCUGAUCAGGCCGUCGUCACAUCAGCUGAGGCGCAGAGAGGAUUUCCGGCCGAGGCCGAGCCGGUUGUCGGUCAUGUCCAAAGCAGAAGAUCUUUAAAACUGACCGCAGCCCCACGCCCGGUUUCGUGUUUGCGUGAGGGGGUUAAGUUCAGUUUUGUUUGUUUGUUUGUUUUUUUCCGUUUGGCUAGGCAGCUCUCGUGGUGAAUCGGCGGGAGUUGUUUGAGUGAGUCGAGUCGGACUACUGAGUCAAAAGUCAAAAACUCGGGUAUCGGGAAAAAAAUUUUCGUCUCUUUGCUCAGUGGGGUUUGAAAAAUCUUUAGCGGAAGCAAAGGAAGGUGCUUUCGGCUUAGGAACGACGUUAUUAUUAAUGUAAAUAGAUUUUGACGAAUUAAUUCAAGAAUUUGGGAGAAUUACUCCUCCUCCUUCUUUCGCCAUAUAUAUAUACAUACCCCUUUUUAGCAAUUCGAUUUGAUUGAUUGAUUUGUCAAUGAAUAAUAGUAGUGGUGAUUGAGACCACAGAAUGCAUCGCUCCGAUCUUUGAAUUUGUUUCU